AUGAUCUUCGCCGUCCGUCAACUUCAGGAGAAGUGCCAGGAGAUGCGGACCCACCUGUACUCAACUUUCGUGGAUCCGGCGAAAGCCUUCGACACGGUGAAUCGUGAAGGACUUUGGAAGAUCCUGCAGAAAUGCGGCUGUCCGGAGCGAUUCACACAGAUGGUACGUCAGCUGCACGACGGUAUGAUGGCGCGAGUCACGGACAACGGAGCUGUCUCAGAGGCAUUCGCAGUGACCAAACGAGUGAAGCAGGGAUGGGUGCUGGCGCCUACCCUCUUCAGUCUUAUGUUCUCUGCCAUGCUGAUGGACGCCUACCGCGACGAACGCCCUGGAAUCCGCAUCGCCUACAGGACGGACGGUCACCGCCUGAAUCAACGACGGAUGCACUUCCAAUCGCGCGUAUCCACAACCACCGUGCACGAACUCCUCUUCGCCGACGACUGCGCACUGAACACCACCUCGGAAGAGGACAUGCAACGGAGCAUGGACCUAUUCUCCGCCACCUUCAAGAACUUUGGUCUGGUCAUUAACACGCAGAAGACGGUGGUGAUGCAUCGACCGCCACCCAACUCAGUCACAGCCCCCAACGCGCCGCCGCAAAUCAGCGUGAACGGAAAUCAACUGCAAGUGGUAGACAACUUCCCGUACCUGGGCAGUACCCUCUCCCGCAACACCAAGAUCGACGACGAAGUCGCCAACAGGAUCUCGAAAGCCAGUCAAGCCUUCGGACGCCUCCAAAGCACAGUUUGGAAUCGUCAUGGUCUCCAACUGAGCACGAAGCUGAAGAUGUACAAGGCCGUCAUCCUGCCAAUGCUACUGUAUGGAGCGGAGACUUGGACGGUGUACACGAGGCAGGCACGCCGACUGAACCACUUCCACCUCAGUUGUCUCCGUCGCAUCCUGCGGCUGAACUGGCAGGACCGCAUCCCCGACACUGAUGUGCUGGAACGGACGGGAGUCCUCAGCAUCUACACCAUGCUGAGAAAAUGCAGCUGCGAUGGAGCGGUCACCUGGUGCGCAUGGAUGACGAGCGACUACCCAAACGACUCUUCUACAGAGACGUCGCGACGGUUCUCGCCGCAAAGGAGACCAAAUUCGUUGAUACAAGGAUACCCUGAAGCCUUGUUUGAAGCGCUGCAAAUCAACCUGACCAACUGGGAAGAGCUCGAACUCGAUCGUCCGACCUGGAGGAGAACAGUGAAGACGGGCGCUGCGAUCUACGAAGCCAACUGCAUCGCUGCAGCCAAAGCGAAACCUGAAGCCCGCAAAUCACAAAUUCGCCACGUACGCAACGCCGCCGCACAACACCUACCAACGUGUCCUCGAUGUCAACGGACUUUCCGGGCUCGAAUCGGACUUGUUGGACAUCUUCGGAUUAACUGCGGCUCUCGAACUGAACCAAUCAUCGUUCCCCCGCCCGCCUCAUCCUCCUCCUCUCCUCCGCCAACUAACUCUGACAAUUCGUCUGAACCACCACUCCCACCCUCCUCCUCCUCCACUGCCUUUGCGACGGCCGCUCAGGCGGCUGUCUCGCACAUCACUAACCCCCACACAACAACCGACACCACCCCCACUUCCUCUGAAUCCAGCGAUGAGGAUCAGGUCUAUACCUGUCUUCACUGCGACCGCACCUUCACCUCACGCAUCGGCCUGGUCGGUCACUUCCGAAUCCAUCGCACAAAGACUGGCGAACCAGUGUCUGGAGCACCAACCUACACCCACCGCACUCGCCCCCACUGCCCACACUGCCCUCGCACCUUCAGGCACCGCAUUGGCCUAGUUGGCGUCAUGCGCAUCCACCAGAGCGGAAUUGACCGCACUCCCGACACACCCACCACAUCCAACACACUCACCAUGCCCAGCACCACCCUCGCUCCAUCCGCCUGCGCAACCACCACCAACAUUACCACCGCCUCUGCAGGUGACGCCGACACCGCCAACUUCUCAUGCCCACACUGUCCACGCACAUUCACCUCACGCAUCGGCCUUGUCGGGCACUUGCGAAUCCAUCGUACAGAGAUGGCCCCCUCACACUAG